AUAAGAGAUUUCCUCCCUUCUUCUGUUCUUCAUACAGCGAAGUACAACAAUGGCGACUAUUCCAUGUACUGUUCAACUCAUCUUCGCGAGUACAGACACAAAACCCAUAAACAGUUCGAUCACAGUUCUUGGUAAACUCAAUUCACAGUUUGUAGGAAUGCGUAAAGGACUCGGGUUUUGCAGGCGAACUUCAAGAAUUGGACCUAGUUGUGGUUCAAGAACCACCUGUUGGUUCAAGUUCGGUAAAAAUGGCGUCGAUUCUGAGGGUGCUGGUAUUUACGGCAGUCAAUCCCGCGACGAUUUUGAUCGGGAUGAUGUCGAGCAGUACUUCAAUUACAUGGGUAUGCUUGCUGUUGAGGGAACAUACGAUAAAAUGGAGGCUCUUUUAAGCAUGAACAUUCACCCUGCUGACAUUUUGUUGAUGAUGGCUGCCUCUGAAGGCGACAAGCCCAAAAUAGAGGAGCUGUUGAAAGCUGGAGCCAAAUAUGAUGUCAAAGAUGCUGGUGGAAAGACUGCACUUGAUAAAGCAGUAAACGAUGAAAUCAAAAACUUCAUUCUAAGUUUUACUACUCAAAAGGCAUGAUCUGAUCUUCAACACCCAAAAUUAAAGUUAUUGUUAUGUUUUUGUUUUAGUGAGAUUUUAGAUUAAAAAUGUAUAAUAUCAUUGUCUUCUUUUGAGAUGAUAAAUGUUUGUUAGCAGAAAUGCAAAUGUAGUAGUUCAAAGUUUUAUUUGAUUGUUGAAUGGCCUUGAUAAUAUGUGGUUUAUGUAAAUCUAUGGUUAUCCUUGUA